CGGAGACCAAUGGAGCAAAGCCAACAGUACACUUCUCUACUCUUCUUCGAUGGCGAUUCGUCCCUCGCAGCCCAAAUCAAAUCUUCGUCUUCUUCCUUUAAUUUAAGGGACCCUUCUCUUCUUCUUCAGCUUUCUUAUUCCGAUCUUCGUUUCAUCUCUUUGAAAUCGCCUUCUCUCUGUUUUCUCAGAGAAAAGUUUUUACCUGAGAAAGUUUCAAUUUUUUUCGGCUUCUGAUGCACAUUUGGUGUUUUUUUAGGAGAUAAUCCCUACGACCCUAUGCUAUGAAGUGGUUUGGCAUCAAGUAUAUAAAGACUUUAUUAUCUUACGCAGGGCUUGAGGGCCAACUGCAAACUUAUGGCGGAUCUUGUUAAGAGCCUUGAUUGUUGAUAAGAAACCGAUUUGGAAGGUUCAUCAAAGCAAUCAUGAACAGACAUAGCCUUGUGUCUGUGGCACCAGAUAAAUGCAAUGAAGAAGUUGGUCAAUCUUGCUCGUCUUCUUUAUCUCCGGUUCAUAACUUUCUGAAUGUCCAGCCAGAAACCAGGAAAUCUCCCUUCAUAAGAUCACAAUCUCCAGAUUCACCUGGUCAGCUUUGGCCAAAGCAUAGUUCUCAGAGCACGUUCUCUCGGUCUUCAACCUUCUGCACAAACCUCUACCUGUCUUCAUCUUCAACCUCUGAGACUCAAAAACAUCUAGGAAACUGUCUUCCUUUCCUGCCUGACCCCUCCUCUUACAGCCACUCAGCCUCUGGAGUGGAGUCUGCAAGAUCUCCAUCUAUUUUCAGUGAGGAUUUGGGCAAUCAAUAUGAUGGAAACAACUCCGGGUCGCUUGUCAAAGAUUUUCUUAAUCUUUCUGGGGAUGUUUGUUCCGAUGGUGGUUUUCAUGAUUUUGGCUGUUCAAAUGACAGCUAUUGUUUAUCGGAUCAAAUGGAACUGCAGUUCCUGUCUGAUGAGCUUGAGCUGGCCAUCUCAGACCGUGCUGAAACUCCCAGGCUUGAUGAGAUCUAUGAAACGCCAUUGGCUUCGGUAAAUCCAGUUACCAGGUUGAGUCCAAGCCAAAGCUGCGUUGCUGGAGCAGUGUCUACUGACGUAGUUUCAUCUCACCCUUCUCCGGGAUCAGCAGCCAAUCACAAGCCGAGAAUGAGAUGGACUCCUGAGCUCCACGAGUCUUUUGUAAACUCGGUGAUCAAACUUGAAGGGCCCGAAAAGGCCACUCCAAAGGCUGUUCUGAAGCUCAUGAAUGUUGAGGGAUUGACGAUCUAUCACGUAAAAAGCCACUUGCAGAAGUAUAGACUAGCCAAGUAUAUGCCAGAGAAAAAAGAAGGAAAAAAGAAUGAUAACUCAGAAGAAAAGAAAUUGGCUUUUAGUAACAGUGAAGCUGACGGGAAAAGGAAAGGGGCCAUACAGUUAACUGAAGCUCUGCGUAUGCAGAUGGAAGUUCAGAAGCAGUUGCAUGAACAGCUCGAGGUUCAACGGGUGCUUCAGCUACGAAUUGAAGAGCAUGCUAAAUACUUGGAAAAGAUGUUGGAAGAACAACGCAAAACCGGAAGGUUGAUUUCUUCUUCUUCUCCUUCUCAGACAGUGUUAUCACCUAGUGAUGAAUCUAUAGAAAAUUCUGAAAACCUGUCCAAAACCAAAGCAUCUUCGCCUCAGCCAUCAUCAUCUACAAAGAACAAAGCUUCUGAAACUGAAGGCAACAUGUGUGAAAGCCCUCAGAAACGUCGCAGGCUUGAGAACAAAGCAGAAUCUGAAGAUCCUAAGAGGUAGCGAGAUAUCUUCAAGUAUGUAAAUAUGGUAUGUUUUGUGUAAUGUGGUUAGAGAGAAUGAGAGAUGGUGGUGAUCUCUCAAAGUAGAUGUCGGUAAUCUAUAUCUAUGUUGGCGACGUGUAAACUUAUAAAGGAUCUCGAGGAUGUUCCUUUCAUUAGCUUGUUAUAAGGAUCACUCAAAGUAGAUGUUGGUGUUUUGAGGAUACU